CUGUUCAAUGUCAAUAUCAGGUUUAGAAGGGUAUGAAUAUCCAAUAGAUCAAAUACAGCCAUUAUUUUAUUUGCUGAAAAAAUGGGAUUUGGAGUGUCUAUCUAAAACCUUAAUUGGUAAGUUAACUUUUUUUUUAUAUAUACCAUAACAUUGGUCUUUUGUUUGUAUUAACAAUAAUAUUUUUCAAUAAAUAGAUGAAAUGGUUGACAUAAAAAUAUUAGCAAUCAUGAAACGGGACCUUGCUAUUAAAAUGUUAAAAACAUAUCCAACUGGUAUCAAAGUUCUUUUUACUCACCAACUUGAAAAUUGGCAGAAGUCUCUUGAUCAGCAAGAUGUUCUUUGUUUUUCACAAACAACUAAUCAUAAUGAAACAACAACUAAUAUAUCAACUUUAAAGACCCAUCAACCAUUAAAAUUAUCUUCUACAUCUGUAACUUUUAAUUUGGGAGGAAUAUUAAAUGCAUCUUUGACUGGAAAGAUGAUAAUUGAUUAUUUUAAAGUUAACAGCAGAUUAAAUAACAACAUACGUGUGUUUUUAGUUGAUUCAAUUAUCAGUUUUGUAAUAACUAAAAAAAUACCCAUGUCUAUAAAUCUUGCUGACAGCAUUGCGACUUAUAUUGUUGCUAUGUUCCCUUCUGAAGUGAAAGUAAGGUUUUAAAGAUUGGUAGCAAAGAUAUAAAAGCAGGAAUUAAAUUGUAUAAUAUUUUUUUUUGGGAUACAUAUUUUAUGAAGGAUGGACAUAACAAAAAUCCCAAAGGGAAGCUUUAUGCCAAAUAUUAUAACUCAAUGAGAACGCUUAAAACAAGUGGACUAGUACCUAGUAAGGAACGAGUAAAAACUGCAGUCGAAAUACAUACUCAACGUCGACAUGAUAUAGAAUUUGAACCUGAAGACGACAUUCAUUAUAUGAUUGAUCAAAUACAGAAUGAUACUAAUUGUUCAUUCCCAGAGCUUGAAAAAUUAUGGAAAGGUACAACAAAAUAUUGUAUAAACAAUAUACAGAAUUCUUCUUCUACUACAGAAAUUAUAAACAAAUGGAAAAACUAUGCCUUACCACUUGGA